AUGACUGGGUUUUCAGUUGUAAUCGUCACUCUCGUCAUUCUUUCUGCACAACCCACUUUCUCAAUCUCACUCCGAUUUCCUAAUCGCAACUUCCCAUCCGAAGCCACACAUUCGCUCUUAGGCGACGCUCACUUCGUCGACGGUGGAUAUUCCGUUCAACUCAGUGGCCCAACACCAUCAAGCUUCGGUAUCAUCUUACGUACUACGCCUUUCAAGUUCACCUCUUCGACGUCGUUUUCCUCCAACUUCACCUUCCAAAUCGGCAAUGGCGUUGCGCUGGUAAUCAUUCCCGCUGAUUUUCCUUCUAAAUUUGCUCAGAAUACGUCGUUUGGGCUUUUGGAUGUGGAUCGAUUCCUUGAUAUCGAGUUUGAUGUCGAUCUUUGUAAAAUUUCAUCUUCUAGGGUUAGCAACGUAUCUAAAAUUAAUCAUAUUUUGAAGGGUGGGGUGAAAUUAUCAUCUUGGAUCGAUUACCAUGCGAUAUUAAAGCAGGUAGAUGUUAGGUUAAGCAAAUUAGGCGAUCCCAGGCCUGUUGAGUCACUGAUUUCAUACCGCAUAGAUUUGGGGGAAAUGUGGAAAGGAGAAGAGGCUUUAUUGGGUUUGGCAUCACCUAAUGGAAAUCAUGGACAGACUACAAAUGUGUAUUCAUGGAGGUCUAAAAUCAAGAAUGUCCCAAAAUGGCUGCAUUCGAAUCCGGCUAACCCGCAGGAUCAUUCAUCUGUACCUGAAGAUGUUGAAACUUCUAAGAAAAGAGAUUGCUUUCUUUCUGGGUUCAUAUUUGUUAUGAGUUGUGGAGCAUUGGCAGCUUUGGUUCUGUUCUUCGUGUGGUCGUAUGUGGCUGCUAUGCCGAAAGUUCCUUCUGUGUCGCCUGUUGAUUUCAAAUACGAAAAGAUUGGUGUAGUCGAAAUGAAAGAUUCUGAAACGAUUAAGAAGUAG